AUGUCUGCGGCGUCUUCUCCAGCGCAAUCGACGGGCUCUACUCCGGAUCGCCCUCGGGCGCCGGCGGUAGCCAGAUGGGGUGCCGCUUGCGCUCCGUGUGCGACGGCGAAAGCAAAGUGCCUCCGAUCGAACAGCAAGCCUGGAUCGAAAUGUGAUAGUGCUAGCAUCUCGAACGGUCGGUUCGCUGUGAAGGGAACGGACAUUUGCCGAGAACCCCUGGUCCGGGGUCAAUUACCGCACCAACCCGGAAGCCCCGUGUGA